GAGAAAGAGUCGGAAGCGGAGGCGAAGAGGCUGCAAGAUGAGGCAAAAGCUCGACGGCGCGAGGAACAGCACCGCCGUCAACAAGAGGCGCGCCAGAGAAAGGAGAAGGAAGAAGCGGCCCGAUUGGAGCGGGUCGAGCGAUGCGACGAAGUCAGGACGUCGGACGAGGCGCCAGAUGGGACUCAAUGGGAAACCGUCACUCGGAAGAAGAAGACUCGCCGCGCCAAGAACUUGGACGCCUGCCAUUCGCAAGGGGCUGAAGCCAGCGACGCUCAACAGAUCCGUCCUCCCGCACAAGCUCGCCCCGCUGAAGAGGCCGACCAUAGCGCGCAAGUUGAGGAGCCUCGCCUCGCUGAAGCACCCCCGAGCGCUGGAGAGAUUCGCCAGGUUGCGGAUAACCGCCAUGCUCUGGAGGCCCGUCGCACUGCGGAGGCCCGCCGUCCGGAAGCGGACCUCCACGCUGGGGAGGGCAGUCGCGCCGAGGAGGCUCGCCAGGGUGCUUUCGCUCGACCUGCCCAGGUGUUGCAGCAACCUGCGAGUCCCCCUAUUAUCCAGAAGGCCCAAGCUGCUACCACAAGCACACAAGCGCAGGAACAGGUGGCUGAGACCGCUGCCGCGGUAACGCAUCCCGUGCAACCACUCAAUCCCUCGGAGAGCAGGGAAUCGUCCAGCCGCCAUGGUCGUGGAGGACAUGACGGCGUCCCGGCGGAGACUGAACUUCCUAAGGAGACCGCGCUUGCUAACGGAGCGGAAGUGGCAACCUCCCAGCGCGCAGAUAAUGCUCGGCUCGCUAGGGAAGACGAAGUUCGGCCAGCAGCAAAAGUAUGCCCAGCAAAAGACGCCCCCAGCCAAGCAGGGCACGGCGCCAGGGACGCUGUUGAAGUUGGAGAAGCCCAGCGAGACAGGCUGCGCCCCCAAACCCGCGACGGGAACUUGCGCGUGCCGCCGCCCAGGUCCGCCGACAAUGAGACCACCCAAGAGCUUCUUCGCCGCACACAGGAACGUCUUCGAGCAUCCCAGGAGCAAGAGAUCGUUUGGCGAAAGACGGUUCAAUCGCUUAAGCGACGGAUGAGAAACCUCGAGCAUGAGAACUACCUGCUCCGACAGAACAUGCGGCAGUACCGGGCGCGAUGCGAGCGGCUCGAACACAUGCAUACGGUGACCUGGAGGAGGCUGGACACGCUGGAAUCAUCAGGAGCACCGGCGCAGACCAUCAUGCAGCCUUGGGCACCGGUUAUGCCGCAGUACGGCUAUCAGGAUCCAGGGCCCUCGAACCACGGCGGCUGGGGUCCGGGCCCAGGAUUCCAAGUGCCGCAUCAACAGGCGUGGGAAGCCGCGGAACCGUUCCACCCCGUGCCUGCUCCAGGUUUCCAUCCAGCGUACGGUGUGCUGCCCUCGCAAGAAGUCCUCCAGCCUGGCCCAGCUCCGUGGCCCGCCCAAACACGGCCGUAUGA